CGUAGGAGUGUAUAAAAGGAACGCGAUGUUCCACACGCCCGUAGAGUCCUGUUAAGAGAAGUUCGGAGCAUCGUGAGAGCUGAUAUUUGACGAAGGUGAAAAUGAAAGCCGUAUUCAUUGUCUUCGCCAUUCUCGCGGUGGCCGCGUGGUUCGUGGACGCUGUCACGAUAGUAAAAUGCAGCGAAGAACAGGAAGAAGAUAAAAUUGAAUAUCAUCCUCACCCAUGCAAAUGUAACACGUACUAUGUCUGUAUGGGAACCGACCCAGUCCCCAUGCCAUGCCCGAGAGGUCUUCAGUGGAACAGAGUUAAAGAUAUUUGCGACUGGCCCAACAAAGCUAAGUGCAGACCAGAGCCUGAUUGUCCAAAGAACAAUUGAAACUAACUUCGUCAAGAACCAGCCUACUUUUUCCACACACUUAUUCUCAAUUGAAUAUGUCGCCUUAAUGUAUCAUACUAUCAAUUAAUAAACACUACUUAAGAAA